GACGUUUAAAGGCAGUGCACGCACAGCGAAGCGGACGGUCAAUAGCUUCCAACACGACACUCGUUGGGCCCGCACAAAAGCAAUGGACUUAACCUAAAUGGGUUAAGUCACUCUUUCGGUCGUCACUUCCAUUGUCCGUGUUUCUUCUGGGGCAUCUUGUGAAUGGGUUAUUGGACUCGUGUCUCAGAGAACUCUCAGUGAUCAGCGGCAGUCAUAGCCAGGGCCUGAGGCCGCAGGUUAGUCUUCUGCCAUUGCGCUGGCGAACGCGCAGCUAAGCUAACAAACUAAGCUAACAACCAAAACUACUCUAUUUAUGGAUCGUUUCUGACGUUCUUAGCAUGACAUACAGUAGUUAGUUAAGUUUCUUAUCAGUCAAACACUCAUGCCUAUAUUAUAACGUAAUCAUGCAGAUAGACAAAAGCUAAUAUAAAUGUAAAAUAACUAAAAUAUUGCGUAUUUUAUUAUUGUACUCUAUAAAAGCCAUGCUCUUUAAAUAGAUCAUACAAUGUUAAGUGUCAGUUAUUAGCAAAUGACUCAUGGAACACACGUUAUAAACAACAGUAGUAGUGGUUACGGUGUAGUUACUGUUACUCGCUGUUCCGAAAACAAGUUUCAUUCUAACGAUAAAUACAUGCGGUUCGUUUCUGUUUCUGAAUCGAAUUAGUGAGAGGAGGGGGGAAAUGUCAGAUCAUAUUACAAAAUCAGGUGACAUGGCAGUGUUAGUUUAAGUGUCAUUUAUGGUUAAAUUACAAUUUGCGGCCUAUGUUUUGGUGUCUGUAAUUUUCCAGUUGCCCCGGUAGCUGCAGCAUGUGAGUGAAUUGUAAUAGGACACCUGUAACGUCUCCCUUGUCUGCUCCCCUCCCCAUUCUUUACAUGUGCUUAAGCAGAAAUUUGCAAGCGUCCCAUACGAUGGCAGUCUUUAGUCAUCAGGUGAUCGUUGCAGUCACGAGAACACGGGGAUCAUAUUUGUUGUCCAAGAAGCACAGCUGCUCCUCUCUGUCUCCCAAAGGCUAUCUCCACAUCCACGCUCCCCACCGCGUGAUUACCCCACUCCCACUCCGACUUUCUUGUUAUGGUUACCCCCACUGCAGCCGAGGCCAUGCCCUUGACCGUGGUCACGCCAUCGCUCUGUUUGCCCGCUCGCUGCAUAGUUCACGUGUGUGGCUCCAGGAUGUAAAGCCAGAAGACAGUAAGAGCUCUCCUGCUGCUGCACCGGACCCUUCUGCGGCAGCUAAAAAGAACUCUGCAGCCACUGUGUCUCAAUCUCAGGAUACUCCGUCACCAGCAACAACCACUGUGGCCACUGCUGCUCCGGUGGAGGAGAAGGCAGUUGUGAAAAAAACUCUGUAUCAGAAGGCUGUGGACGAGUUGAAGCAUUAUUACAAUGGCUUUCGGUUACUGGGAAUCGACGUUAAAAUUGCAGGGAGGAUGGUGUGGAGGCUGUUACACGGACAAGUCCUUACAAGGAGGGAGAGGAGAAGGCUGAUGAGGACCUGUGCUGACCUCUUCCGGCUGGUUCCCUUCACAGUGUUUAUCAUUGUUCCCUUCAUGGAGUUCCUUCUGCCCGUCUUCCUGAAACUCUUCCCGGAGAUGCUGCCCUCCACCUUUGAGACAGAAUCUAAAAAGGAGGAGAAGCAGAAGAAGGGUCUGGCAGCAAAGCUGGAGCUAGCUAAGUUUCUGCAGGAGACCAUCGCAGAGAUGGCCAUCAGGAACAAAGCUAAAGCUCAGACUGACGAUGAAACGCAGCGCUUCUCCACAUAUGUCCAAAAGGUCCGUGGCAGCGGUGAGCACCCUAAAACAAAAGACAUUGUCCAGUUCUCUAAGCUGUUUGAAGAUGAACUCACGCUGGAGCACCUGGAGCGCCCCCAGCUGGUGGCUCUGUGCAAACUGCUGGAGCUGCAGCCCAUCGGCACCAACAACUUGCUGCGGUUUCAGCUGAUGAUGCAGCUGAGGACCAUAAAAUCAGAUGAUGAGAUGAUUUCAGCAGAGGGUGUAACAGCUAUGAGUGUGUCAGAAUUACAGGCAGCUUGUCACAACCGUGGGAUGAGGUCACUGGGUCUGACCAGUGAUCAGCUACGUAUGCAGCUGCAGCAGUGGCUGGAUCUGCACCUGAAGGAGAACGUCCCUCCCUCACUGCUACUGCUCUCCAGAGCCAUGUACUUGACUGAGCUCCAACCAAAACCAACAGUCAUCCCACCUGUUCCCAAACUAGAGAAAGCUGCCCCUUCUCCUCCCUCUCCUGCCCUCCCAGUGGAAAACACAGGAGCUAACCCCUCCUCCGUCGGUACUGACAUGAUGGCAGAUCCCGCUCUCAUCAUCAAAGACCGAUCGGCGGAAGAGUUAAGAGACAGAGCUCCUGUGGUCUCGGACAAACCGCUGACGCCCGCUGAAGUCCUUCAGGCUAAAGCUGCAACAGAGCUGUCCCAGAAGAGCAAAAUAAGUGCCAACGGUGUGUGAAGAGGAUCCAGGAUCUCUGGACUGAAGAGGAGAUGGGCUCCAUUCCAUACUUGAUGGGACCUUCUUUUGUUUGAGGUCCUCAACUUGGGUAAACAAGCUUCUGUCCUGUGUGGACCAGAAAGAGAAGAAAAAAUAUGAACAAAUCUCCUGGGGGGGGAGAGCAAAGCAGAUGUCUACUGGUGCUUUUGCUUCAUGUUAGCAGCAGCAGCAGCUUCUGUGUACUUUACUGUUAUCCACUCCGUUUAUUGUAACUGUCCACUUAACCAGACAGAACUCUUACUGGAUCAUUGUCCUGUAAGUUGAUUUAGACCCAACUUCAACCAUCUCCUCCUGCUCCUCCUGUAAAUGUGUAAAUAUGUUGUACAUUUUCGUCCCUAUCUCAUCGCGCAGCAGCAGCACCUUUUUACAGUUUGCAAUGCAAAGGCCGAAUAUCUAUUGAAGAUUAUUUGCCAAGCAUUUUAACUCUUGUUCAGGAUAAAAAUGUUUGGAAAAUUAUCUUUCAGCUGAACAAAAUGAUUUUGAUCCUGCCCCACUCAGGAAUCACACGGCAGCCCAGUUUGAUUAAAUGCAGGGGGACCAGUUUAAAUGUCAGGAUCUUAUUAGAUCUAGAGUUCCCUGCUGGUGCUUUAACUGCUAAAUGAAGACCGGGGAUAGUAGUGAAACAUUAGUAGACCCCAGAGUUGACUGUGGUGAGGGUCAUGUCUGGGAAACCACUAAUUAUCUUCUGUAAUCUGUUAAAAAAAAAAAAGAUAUUUUAUUUGCAUACAGUGUAUGGAUUGUGUUUUAAACGAUGACACUAAGAUCUUUUUGAUCUGAAAAGAAAAUAUGUUUAUGUCCUCAAAGAUAUACUGUAUUAUUAAUGAGGCGGACGAGAGUCGACCCAAGGCCACAAAUGAGAUUGAUUUCUUUUUUUUGUGGCAAUGAUAACUAUGUAGCUUUAUGACUGGUUUAACCCGACUCCAUCUGUUAAGUAACCUGUCAUUAAGACAGUGUUUGACCUUGAGUUAUAAAUGGAUGUCCAGAAUGUGCACUAAAGUAAAUGCGCAGAAGUGCACAGUGUUGUGCAUAUUUGUUUAACCCAUUCAUCUCCCUCUGUUAAUUCGCUUUGUUAAAGAAAAUUUAGAAUUUCAUUAGUGUUUUUUUAUAUAUAUUUUUUAAACACCCUUCAAAUUUAGUUUUGAACAACCCAUAGAUUCAGUAUUAAAGAAUCCUUGAAAUGUUUACUUAAAAAAGUAGUAUUUUUAAUUUUGUUAAAGAAAAAUGUAAGGAAUAAUAAACAACAGUUAUUGACUUUGAUAGUCAAUUCCCUGAUGAUGGGUUAACCAAUAGUUAAGCAGCCAGGUGUCUCCACCUUUCCUUCAUGUGCACCUCCCAGAGAAUGUCGCUAAAGUUUAAAGGAUAUUUUUAAUACAUUGGUGCAUUAUGAAGAUUCAGUGUUUUUUGUUAUUUCUGCAUAAUUUCAAAUGGCAGUUGGGAUUGUGUUUUUCUUCAUCUGAGCUAUUUUGUCAGUUUGUUUGGCGCCCCCUGUGGUCACUACAUCUGCACAUUUUAAAGCUUUUAUUUCACUUUUUACCCAAAUUCUUCCAGGUCAUUGUGUCUGGUUUUCAGAAUUUCCAUUCCGUUUUUUUUAACAUCUGUCUGCAUUUAGAUGAAACUCUCUAUGUAAAAACCUUAACAGAAAACUCCAAACAAAACGUGAAUUAAAGCAACAGUGCAGAAAUGGAUGUGGAAAUGCAAUAUGUUUGUAAUCACAAACAAAUCAGAUUUGUUUAAAAGGGAUGUGACUAAAAAAUCCACUAAAGACUGAUGAAGAAAAACAAUCCCUUCUUAGUUUACUAUUGUAUUUUAAUAUGUUUUUGUCUCAAGUUUUGGCCGUAUUGAUUGAUUUGUUUUAACGCAUGCUUUUGUAUCCACAUCCUAUUGUCAGGUUUUAUUGGAACUUGACUGAAUAUUGGCUUCUACAAAGAAAAUGUGUCACAUUUUAAUUUUUUGUUGUAAUUUAUUUGGAAUUAAGUUUAAUGAUGUUCAUAUACAACAUAUCCACUGAUGAAUCUGGCUGGGAGUACCACUGUGAUGUCACAGGAAGUCCUGUGAGUCAUUACCACUUGUUUUAGUGGAAGGUUUGAAUUAAAAAUAUUGAGUUGAUCUGUACAGCUGACGGCUGUAGUGGUUUCAUAUUUCUGCUGUGCCUCACAGACGUUAAUGUCUUUUCCCUUUGUUAGAUAAAGUGCAUUUUUGUCCCAUUCUCUGAUACAGUUUUAAUCUGAAUCUCCUCACACGUCGCCUUCUUUUGAACAGUUUUUGUUUCCUUCACUUUCAUCAGUCUUGUGUUGUGCUUCACAUUUCCGUGCCUGUCUGAAAACUGUCAAGUACCGGCUGCUUUCACAGCCAGCUCUGUGUCACAAUCCAUCUCAUUCUUAAAGAAGUGUCCUCCGUCUACAGUUCAUUUCUGUUGACUUCAGAAUUUUCUCAUUGCCGUUUUUUUGUAACUCUUCAGAGGGGGUGAUAGGGUUAAAUGGAAAAACAGAAAACUACAAAGUUGAAUUCAUUAAACCUAUUUUAAAUAGG